CCCUUCUGCACCGUCUAGGUGAAGCUGCUGGCAUAAACCGCGGGGUUUGUCCCCUCAGCAGCCACAUCCCGUCCCCUCAGGAAAGCCCUCACCCCCUCCUGUAAGCGGCAGCCGGGAAAGGGGAUCGAUCUCCCACGUAACUCGGUGCGAACGGCUUCUGCGUAAAUCCCUAGGUAUCAAAGGGGUUGGGUUUGUCGUCUGUGAGAAGGUAUUUCGUGUCUAGUUUGAAACUUCAGACUGAACAGUCCUGUGCUGUGAGAAUGUGUGAGGAAGGUGCCCAGUGCUCCCGAAACCGCAUCUGAAAUUCUCUCCAAGCUGUUCUUGCGGCCUCUGCUUGUGGGGCACUGCCACGCAGAUGUUGCAGUCAGAUGGAGCACAUCCCCGUAAGACUUUGAGACCUUUGCUUCCUCCUACUGUUCUACCUUCAUCAUCCACAUCUGAUAUGUCACCAUCACAGAAUAAACUAUUGUCAUACCGAAGAUGCAAAGAGCAGCAAAAGAGGCUUAAUCAGUUACUAAUUGGUCGAGCUUUAAAAGCCUAUCACGUGUCCAUGGAAGAAAAACUCAACAGAAAACCUGUACCUCCUAUCCCAGAACUGCCUUCCACUAUGAACAGUGAGCUAAAACAACAGAGGGAAAACUAUCUCUUUCUGAAGAAGUGUGUUUUAAGGAAUCCCAUCACUCCCAUUCAGCAGCUGUGGCUGAUGUCCAUGCUCACAUUGGUACCACAGUCAGUUAUGGAAGGCAAAGACAGAAAGCUGUUGGUUGAAAAGCUUCUAGUGGAGAUAAUGGAGGAUUAUGAAAAGAGCAUGAGAAGAUUUGUGGUGCGAAGUAUUCUCAUUAAACCAGACAUAAAAGGACUUGAAGAUGAAGAGGAAGCACCUUUGCCUUCAUUACCUGUAGGCCUGGAUUUUUCUAGUGCAUGGCAUAAGAGUUUUACCCGAGCAAAGAGUAAAAUCCUUUCCAAGUUGCAUAUUCUCCACCCCACAAUGAAAUCGCUACUGGAUUUUGGAUAUGCAGCAUUCUUUGACUUUCUUCUAGUGAAUUUCUCAAGCCUCAGACUGAAAGAGCCAAUUGACUAUGAAUCUUUAAAGACUGAUGUCUCUCUAAGCUGUUCUAAAGCAGAUAAAAAAAUACUGAUGACAUGGUAUCAAAGAGUUAUUGAUCUCUUUACUCAAAAUGAGGCACUGAAUAGUGUAAAGUUGGAUCAGCUUGACUCUUUUUAUAACUGUGUGGAUGUUCUUAUGUCUAAUCAGGUGAAAGACUUGUUGACAAGAACAGUUGAAGCCUAUGUGAAACUUUUUGAUCCUGAAGACAGAAAUGGCCCGCCUUUGUUUAAGAUGGAAUUGACUCUUGAUGACCAGAAAAUAGAGUUUUAUCCAAGCUUGCAAGACCUAGAAGAAGGAAUUCUGUUUAUAGCAAAUUGCAUAGGACAGACGCUCCAGAACUUCCAAACGGUACGUUCUUGGCUAACGGGAGACACUACAGCUCUGGAUUCCGAGCUUCCUAAGCAUGUCUUAGAAUGGGCCACAACUACACUGAAAAAGCGUAUCAGAGGCAACUUAGAAGGUCCAAAGAAAUAUUUUGAAAAAUAUGUUGAAAAGUAUGGCUGGCUUGUAGAUGGGACUGCACAGGCACGGGUAGAAAGAUUUGUAGCAGAAGAACACAGUUUUGAUGAAUACACUGCUUUAAUAGAUGAAUUCUUCACCCACAAGAAGGAAAUCCUGAGUUUACCUGAGGUGGCUUAUUUCCCUAUGGUCUGUUUGAAUUCUGAGGAUUUAAAGCAAGGUUUAGCGAGUAGCGCAAACGUCUUUGCAAAAGUGCUAAUGGACAGAAUAGUUGCAAAUUACAGAGAGGAAAAUGAAAAAAGUGCUCUCAGCAGCUGCUUUACUUCUUAGACAAUUUUGUAUUUGAUCCUGAAGACAUUGCACUGAAUGCAACAGUUCAAUUAUGGCCAAAGAGGAUUGGCCCUAUUUUUGAUGAGCAUGAUGAUGUAAGAGCAUUUUCUUAGUUUAUGGUGUAUUUUCGGUGGUUAGACUUUUCACACUACUUGAGCUACUAAUUUCCUCAGCAGGCUAAAUGUAACACAUGUAACAUGAAUCAUACUAACUUAGACAUGCAUAAAUAACGUAUUUCCAGAAUUUUUUAUAUCAAUAGAGGACUUUUGGUGGAGUAAUUGCUUAAAACCUUCAGCAGGUCUUACUAUUACCUUAAUUUGUUUGUUGUCAGUACUAGGUAAUUCAUAGGAAGGUGAAAAUUUGCUACACUGCAGUUGACUAGUAUUAAAAAUGCAAUUGCCAUAAUAAAGUCGUAAAAAGAGUUAGUGCUCUGGACAGGAAGUCAUUUAGUUAAAAUGAUAUUCUGUUCUGUCAAUAAAAGAACAGUAGGAAUUGUGUUUUUGAGGUAGCAAAUAUUAAUAGAGAAUACACAACAUCUGGUUUUCUCUAUGUGACUGUAGAUUAUUCUCUUUUCUUCCACUUCUCUAUAUUCAUUUCACUAGCAUUCAUUCUCUCUGGCUGUGAUACAGUUAAGCAAGCCUUUACACUUGACUCAAGGCUCUUGCCUCUUUAUAGGAAUUUAGAGUAAUUUUAAUAAUGUCUCGUAAAACUGUUUAAGAAUUAACAAGAUGAGAAUUUCUCUUUUUUUUUGUUUGUUU